AUGGUGUUACCUGGGCUGCUGCUGCUGCUGCUGCUGCUGCUGCUGCUAGCUGGCACCCGCUGGCUGUGGGGCCGGUGGAAGCUCCGGAGCCUCCGCCUGCCUCCUCUCGCCCCGGGGUUCCUGCAUUUUCUACAGCCUAACCUCCCCAUCUACCUGUUUGACCUCACCCAGAAACUCGGGCCUGUCUACAGGAUUCGCAUGGGGUUGCAAGAUGUGGUCGUUCUGAAUUCUAAUAGGACCAUUAAAGAGGCUCUGAUCCAAAAAUGGGCGGACUUUGCCGGCCGACCCCAGAUACCAUAUGGUAAGAACUUGGACUUGUCGCUAGGGGACUACUCGCUAACGUGGAAGGCCCACAAGAAACUUUCUCGCUCAGCUCUGAUGCUGGGCGUGCGAGACUCCAUGGAGCCCCUGGUAGAGGAGCUGGCCCAGGAAUUCUGCGAGCGCAUGCGCGCACAGGCUGGCGCCCCCGUGGCCAUCCAGAGGGAGUUCUCUUUGCUCACGUGCAGUGUCAUCUGCUACCUCACGUUUGGAGACAAGUAUGCCCUCCCCUUCCGGCAGGAUGACACUUUGGUACACACUGUUCACAGCUGUGUGCAGGACUUGCUGCAAGCCUGGAGCCACUGGUCCGUCCAAAUCUUGGAAAUAAUUCCCUUUCUCAGGUUCCUCCCCAAUCCAGGUCUCUGGAAGCUGAAGCGGUUCCAGGAGAACAGGGACGAUAUCGUAAGGGAGCAGCUGAAGCUGCACAAGGACAGCCUGGUAGCAGGCAACUGGAAGGACAUGAUUGACUACAUGCUUCAAGGCGUGGAGCAGCAAAGAGAGGGCACGGACGCAGGGCAGCUCCACGAAGGGCACGUGCACAUGUCCGUGGUGGACCUCUUUGUCGGUGGCACUGAGACCACAGCCAGCACGCUCUCCUGGACUGUGGCUUUCCUGCUUCAUCACCCUGAGAUCCAGAAGCGGCUGCAGGAAGAACUGGACCUCAAGUUGGGCCCCAGUGGCCCCAGCUCCCAGAUCCUGUACAAGAACCGAAUGCAGCUUCCUUUGCUCAUGGCUACCAUCGCUGAGGUGCUGCGCCUGCGGCCCGUGGUGCCCCUGGCCCUGCCCCAUCGCACCACUCGGGCUAGCAGCAUCUCUGGCUAUGACAUCCCCAAGGACACCAUCAUCAUCCCCAACAUCCAAGGCGCCAACCUGGACGAGAUGGUCUGGGAACUGCCUGGCCAGUUCUGUCCUGAUCGCUUCCUGGAACCCGGCAAGGACCUCAGAACCCUAUCCUUCGGCUGUGGGGCCCGUGUGUGCCUGGGAGAGCCACUGGCGCGCCUGGAGCUCUUCGUGGUCCUGGCGCGCCUGCUCCAGGCCUUCACGCUGCUGCCACCACCAGAUGGCACCCUGCCCUCCCUGAAACCCCAGAAUUUCACUGGCGUCAAUCUCUUGAUUCGUCCUUUCCAGGUGCGGCUGCAGCCCAGGAACCUGGUGCCCCAAGACCAGGGCCAGAACCAUUGACAGGAUAGGACCAGUACCAGCCUCGUGCCUCAGUUUCUCCUUUAUUGCUCCGUUACUAACCCCUCCCCUCCCCCCUGUAAACAUGGUGCUGUGAGAUCGUGGUAAAGAAGGCCUCCUUGGUGAGCUAGGCAGUAGAGGCUCACUGGCUCUUCUCUGGCACGACCCCUCAGUGCUCGGCAGUCAUACUGGGGUAUGAGCGAGGUGGGAAACAGGCUCAGCUGCCCCUGGCGGGGGCCUGGAAGUUUCUGGGUCUCAGCUUCAUUUCCGUGAAGGGCACUGAAAACUCGAAGCCCUUCCAGUGGUACCAGCUCACUCCCUGAGGAGAAAGUUGUCGAGGGAGGAGAGUCAAAGCCAGCCCUCAUCAGUGGCAACUCUUUCAUCCCCACCCGGCUCCUGCAGGGGACCCCCGGGGGUCCAUCCCUCUCCCUCAUGUUCUCUGCCUAGCCCUCAGCUGCAAAGGGCUGAGGCUUCAUUCUGAGCUGGCGCCUUGUAUCCACUAAUAAACAGACUUUUCAAGCUUCCUA